UUUAUCCAGUCUUUUUAUUUGGUCAUGAAUAGAUCGGCUUUGCGUUUGCAUGUCUUGUGCUGCAUUGGGCCUCACUUGAUUGCAGCAUUUAUUUCGCUUCGUUACGAUAUCAAAUCAUGGUAUGAUACUAUUUCAGCAACAUCUGUCGUUCUCACAACCUUUGUUGUGUUCUCAACCAACAAAUUUUUCUUCCGCGGCACAACCCAUAUUGCUUGUGUUCUUCUUGGAGUUGUCAGUCAUGAAGUUUCACGGCAGUCUCGCAGCACUGAUUGGAAUCGACUGGCCAAUCCUGAAAUUCUUGGUUUCUAUUUGUGUAUGGCACACGUGACUAAAGGGAUAGGGACUUUCAUCAAAUUGAUGCCAACGGCAAGCGUCGUUAGCUGUCCCUCAAAAUACGUUGCUAGUUGGAGAGAUUAUGUCGGUUUCAGCAUGUCCAUUAUUUCCAGCUGCUAUUUUUUACAGGAACCUAACAUUUAUCGCAACGAAAAGAGAAUGAUCGCGUGGAGACUGACUUUCGCCAAAAUUGAAACACUUCAUUGGACCGGACUGGCUCUGAGUGCAUCAACCAAUUUUGAACGCUAUGGAUGGCUCCUAAUUUUGUUUACUUCCCUUCAGUCGCUACUAGCUUAUAGUUUCUUCUAUCAACUACAAAAACUAGAUCCGAUGUGAAUACUGUAAAUUAAUACUAAGAGACGUGAGCCAAAACAUUUACCUGCGAUAAGAGUUCGAAGCAAUACGAAUCAGAGAUCCGUGAAUUAACGUAGCCGGCAUCGUGAUUUAUAGCAUCGGUUCCAGUUAAAGUGUCAUUUUGUUGUUCCAAUUGUAGCAAAGCAUCCCAUUCUUCUUUCAACCGAACGGUUUCCCGCUGAAUGCCAUGCAAUAUGUGGGUGCACACUUGGCGUUGCAAGUGAGU